AUGCCAAUACCAAGUCGCAACCGCAUGGUCCAGCAGCGUGGAAUCGCGGGUGUUUUAUCAGUUUUCAAUUUGCGCUUCGCGACGCUGCACGUGCCCAAACAGUUGAGGGCAACCGCGUGUUUUCCCAAUUAACUGUCGUGUAAGGAUUCUACUACCCGCUGAAGGAAUUAAAAAAGUGUUGUGCAAAUUUUCGUUAAAGCCAAUUUUGGAAUCGCAAGUUCUUGGCUUGUGGCUCAGGGAGUUUGAAGUUUCCCAAUAGUUGGUGAAGAACGGGUUGCGUGAAAAGGAGAUUUAUCAGCAAGCGAGUCGACUGAUUGGGCUUAGCAAAAAGUGGACGACCACUUAAGUGAUUCAGAUCGCAAACCGAUUGCCAUUUUUAUAUUGCCCCAAACAAAAUGUGGCUCCUGAAGCUGUUCUGCUUCCUUCAGUCGGCGCUGCUGGCCUGGGGCUACUACCGUUAUGCUCAUCCGGCAGUGUUGGAGAACGAAGCCCAGGAAGCCCUGUUGCCAGAUCAUCUUCGGAACCAUCACUAUCGGACGCCCCGAGUGGCCAACGCCCUGGCCCGCUUCAGCUGGUUCGGUCCGGGUGAGGAAGUGGUCUGGGACCGGCAUGCCAGCAAGAUCUCGCGAGCCGACAUCUACAACGUGCUGACCCACGCCGGAUUCGUACCGCGACGAUUCCACAACAAUUUCAACCGUUGACCGAGUCACUAUCUAUAAGAAAUUUAGGCUAUUUUAUAAUUAUACCGGUAGAAGGUGUCUCUCACUCGUUCUUUUGAAAAAUGUAAAUAUUGUACGGCAUUUCAGACUGAAUUUUUCCUCCCUCGUGCAUCGAUUGGUCCGGGAAGUGGGCUACGAGUCGAGCAACCGGACAGAUUCGAUGGAAUCGGUGCUUCUCAGUAAUUAUGUAGUAAGAAAGUCUCCAUUGAUGUAUAUUUAGUUAAUAAAGUAUACCCAGGCGAGCUUCUCAGCUCCAAUUGUCUACAGUGCAGUAACCCAAAUGAGCUAAGAAUAAUGACCAGUGUGGUGGUCUUUUGUUGCAUAAUUUGUCGGAAUAAAACGAAGAAAAAAACACGCUAA